UUCAUUCCACAUUUCCUGUUUCAAAACUUGCAAGUUGAAUCACACAUUUCUUCUUUUUGCAGAUCAUUCAAUCGUUAUCUCGGUGAUCAGACCAUAAACCAUGAGCUGGUGGCGAUCAGGGUUCGUCGGGGCUGCAAGGAAAAAACUCGAGGACAGCAAUCCAUUACGCAAGUACCAAAGAUUUGCAUUAAUAGUCGGGGUAACUGGUAUUGUUGGCAAUAGCCUUGCUGAAAUAUUACCGCUCCAUGACACCCCAGGUGGUCCUUGGAAGGUCUAUGGAGUCGCCCGUCGCCCUAGACCACCAUGGAAUUCUGAUUACCCAAUGGAAUAUAUCCAAUGUGAUAUAACAAAUCCAGAAGAAACAGAAUCAAAACUCUCGAAUUUACCAGACUUGACCCAUGUAUUCUAUGUUACAUGGGCCAACUGCUCAACUGAAGAAGAAAAUUGCCAAGUAAAUGGGCAAAUGCUCAGAAAUGUCCUGAAUGCGGUAAUGCCUAACUCCCCUAAUUUACAGCAUGUAUCCUUACAAACGGGGCGUAGGCAUUAUGUCGGGCCAUUUGAACAAUGUGGUACUAAUGAGUUUCAUGAUGGUCCUUUUUAUGAAGAUCUUCCUAGGCUUAAAAAUCUAAAUUUCUAUUACACACUUGAAGAUAUAUUGUUUAGUGAGGUUACCAAAAAAGAAGGAUUAACAUGGUCUGUUCAUAGACCAGGGUUGAUUUUUGGGUUUUCACCAAACAGUAUGAUGAAUAUUUUAGGAAGCUUAUGUGUUUAUGCAUCGAUAUGUAAGCAUGAAGGUGAACCGCUAAAGUUUCCAGGCACAAAAGAAGCAUGGAAUAGCUAUAGUGAUGCUUCUGAUGCUGACCUGGUUGCCGAGCACCAUAUAUGGGCGGCUGUGGAUCCUAUUGCUAAAAAUGAAGCUUUUAACAUUAGUAAUGGCGACGUGUUCAAAUGGAAGGAUAUUUGGAAAGUGUUGGCUGAGCAAUUUGAUGUAGAAAAUGGAGGGCUUCAAGAAGACGAAGAGAGGAAGAGCUUGAACGAGCUGAUGAAAGAUAAAGGGCCAGUUUGGGAUGCUAUUGUAACGGAGAAUGAGCUUUUACCGACUAAGUUAGAGCAAGUCGGAGGAUGGUGGUUUGUGGAUCUUAUUCUUAGCAAUGAGGGCAUGUUGGAUAUUAUGAAUAAGAGCAAAGAACAUGGUUUUUUAGGGUUUCGAAACUCGAUAUCAUCUUUGGUUUCUUGGAUUGAUAAGAUAAAAUGUUGCAAGAUUGUUCCAUAGAGCUGCUUAUUUUUCAUACUAUCUUAGGGAGUGUUUGGAUAUGUUUUCUGCAGGAGAUUAUAUAAUAUUCUCUAAGAUAAACUUUUACCUUAAAGAGAUUAAUAGUGUCCCAAUUUAAACUAAUAAA